AUGCUUGUGCUAGGUGUCGUUGGCGAAAUGGUGAACGGGGACGUUAAGCGAAAUCACUAUGCACAGCCACAGGUGUACAGAUCGCCCGAGGUUCUCCUUCAGGCACCAUGGAGCUACCCUGCAGGUAUAUGGAAUGUUGGAGCCAUGAUCUGGGACGUUUUUGAGGGUAGCCACUUGUUCUAUGGGACAGACCCCAGUCCGGAGAAGACCUAUUAUACCACCCGAGCCCACCUGACAAAGAUAAUCAGGCUGCUAGGCCCACCGCCGUUGGAUCUGCCCCAAAAUGGAACCCAAAGGAAAGAAUUCAUUUCUGAAGAUAGUAAGUCCAACGCUGAGCUUCUGCCGUGUCCGAAGCUAAUAGAGGCGAGAGGCAAAUGGAUAGUAGAUUGUCCGAUUCCCAAGGGCAACAACAGUCUAAAGAAGGCUGAAGUGAUCUUCAGCGGGAUAAACAAGGAGAGUUCCUCGACUAUGUCCGAGGGACGCUAA